AUGAAGAAGAUGCAAUGGCCACGGCGUAGGUCACUGGCGCAGAGGAGGAGGUCCUCCACUAGUCUUACCGAAGCUAGCUUUGAAGCCUUCCAAAGGAGUGUAGUUCCGGCCUUUCGAUGGGGGAUCACCAAACCACAGUUUAUCGAGUUUCUCAACGUCGUGCGCGCGUAUCAGAAGAAGGGGUUGCUGUUCAACAUUGAGUCGCCAUCUCCGUUGCUAUCUAGCAGAGACAAGUCGUUGCAGAGACGCGUUAGCUUUGCGGAUGGGAUACCCUCAGCGAGAACGAGCCAGUGCCACUACAGCGACGCCAAGUUCAAUGACCCCAAUGUGGGCCCUUCUAUCUACCAGAUCAACCACCAAAUCAUUAAGCCACUCACCAAGGGAAUGCAAUUAGACGACAACUCGUACCGUCAGAGACUAUCGGGAUGGGAUUGGGACAAGUUGGCGGCCAAGGGUGCACAACCCAAGUCCAGUUGGGCCCUCAUGAAGAAUCCCGAAGGAGUCAAUAUCGAUCUCUUUGUCUCCCAUGCGUGGGCCGAAGGAAUCUUUGAAUUUGCCAAUCAUUUGCUCAACGAAUGGCCCGAUGACUGCCAUGCCGCCUACAUUUGCUUCCUUUCCAAUCCGCAAAAUCUAGACACGGACUUGUACCUGGGUAGCCCUGGUUGUCUCGAAGAGUAUGCCUUUUACCAGGCUAUACAGAGCCAGCACUUGAAGCGAAUGGUCAUGAUUUCUACCCCUAAUCUACCCAUUCACAGGAGAGCUUGGUGUUGUUAUGAGGCAUACCUAGCGUUGCAACGAGAUCUUCCCGUCACUAUUGGUGGCGACAAGAAAUACUUGGCGACCAUGGUCCGAGAAUACCGAAAAACCAAGAAACUCGAGAAAAACGUACGACACGUGGCGCGACACCGCAAUCUCAAUUCCUCCAUUCGCCUCCUGCUCGACGCCGUCGAGUUUGUCUCCAAGUGGUUGGUCGAGCUCGUGACUAUUCUCGCUAUUUGCCUCGCGGUGACGGUCCUCUUUCCCGUCACCGUCGCGGCAUGCUUCUUGACCCCCAUUAUUCUCCUCGAAGAUCGUCUGCCAACCCUGGUCAAGAUUUUCGUGGCGGCGCCCUGCAAGGCAUUGUAUUUUGCCUUUUGUGGGUCUCUCCGUUUCGCCAUUGAAUGGCUGUAUUCCAACCCGUUCUUGAAGGCAGCCGCGGGCUUGGUGUAUUUUGUCUUCUUUCCUCUCAUAUUUCUGCUCCAAUUCCUGUGGGCGCAAGCAUCGGGAUUGGUGGUUGCCGUCGAUGAGGCCAUCCAAAAACGAGUGGAAGAACAAGAGCUGAAUGAAAUCAUUCGAAUUGAUGUCGAUGUGGGGCUAGCUCAAGCCAGUACGGAGAGCGAUCGCAAGGCAAUUUUGAGCGCCAUCGGAGAGGAUGUAAAGCUGGUCAACAGUAUGCUCACCAAGCUCAUCUUGGGGGAAGCCAAGAACAAGAUCCGAGGCGCACAGUGCGCUGUACAGUGA